GUCCCCGCCGCCACCGCCUGGAUCCCUGCACUCGGGUGCGCACGCUUGCUUGCCUGCUUCCUGCCGCCGCCACCGCCACCUGGGCCAUGGCGACCUGUUUUCGGCUGCGGAGCUGCCUGGCCCUGCACCUCCCGCGGACUCCUCCCAGCCGGGUCCUCCGCCCCCGCGCCGACUACCCGGUGGCCCGGAUUCGCGGCUACGCCAGGGGCCCGGCGGGCCUUUCCCCGGCCCUGCUGCGCACCGACGGCUUCGUGGGCGGCAGCUGGCUCUCGGCCGCCGCCACCUUCCCGGUGCACGACCCGGCCAGCGGCGCCGAGCUGGGCUUGGUGGCCGACUGCGGGGUACCCGAGGCCCGCGCCGCCGUGCGUGCCGCCUACGAGGCUUUCUGCAGCUGGAGGGGGGUCUCGGCCAAGGAGAGGAGUUCUUUACUUCGGAAAUGGUACGACUUAAUGAUACAAAAUAAGGAUGACCUUGCCAAGAUAAUCACAGCUGAAAGUGGAAAGCCACUAAAGGAGGCACAGGGAGAAAUUCUCUAUUCUGCAAAUUUCCUGGAGUGGUUUUCAGAGGAAGCCCGCCGCGUUUACGGAGACAUUAUCUACACCCCAGCAAAAGAAAAACGGGCCCUGGUCCUCAAGCAGCCCCUCGGUGUGGCCGCAGUCAUCACCCCAUGGAAUUUCCCCAGCGCCAUGAUCACGAGGAAGGUGGGGGCCGCCCUGGCAGCAGGCUGCACGGUAGUGGUGAAACCUGCCGAGGACACGCCCUUCUCUGCCCUGGCCUUGGCCGCGCUUGCAGACCAGGCUGGAAUUCCUCCGGGUGUAUACAACGUUAUUCCCUGCUCUCAAAAGAAGGCCAAGGAAGUAGGGGAAGCACUUUGCACGGAUCCCCUAGUGUCUAAAAUUUCCUUUACUGGUUCAACAGCCACCGGAAAGGUCCUGUUGCAUCAUGCGGCAAACUCUGUGAAAAGGGUGUCCAUGGAGCUGGGCGGCCAUGCCCCAUUCAUCGUGUUCGACAGUGCCAACGUUGACCAGGCUGUCGCCGGGGCCAUGGCAUCGAAAUUUAGGAACUCUGGACAGACUUGUGUUUGCUCAAACCGUUUCUUGGUGCAAAGGGGUAUCCACGAUUCCUUUGUGAAAAAAUUUGCCGAGGCAAUUAAAACAAACCUGCAUGUGGGUAAUGGAUUUGAGGAGAGAACUACUCAAGGCCCGUUAAUUAAUGAGAAAGCUGUAGAAAAGGUAGAGAAACAUGUGAGUGAUGCCAUUUCCAAAGGGGCCACCGUUGUGACAGGCGGGAAGCGACAUCAAGUUGGAAAAAAUUUCUUCGAGCCCACCCUGCUCAGCGACGUCACCCGAGACAUGCUCUGCUCUCAGGAAGAGACUUUCGGGCCUGUGGCACCCGUUAUCAAGUUUGAUACAGAGGAGGAGGCGGUGGCGAUCGCUAACGUGGCCGACGUCGGGCUGGCAGGUUAUUUUUACUCCCAAGACCCAGCCCAGAUCUGGAGGGUGGCGGAGCGGCUAGAAGUCGGCAUGGUUGGCGUUAACGACGGGUUGAUCUCCUCCGUGGAGUGCCCUUUCGGUGGGGUGAAGCAGUCUGGCCUUGGGCGAGAGGGCUCCAAGUAUGGCAUCGAUGAGUACCUGGAGCUCAAGUACGUGUGCUUUGGAGGCUUAUAGGAUUCUUUAGUUCUUUAAAAAAAUAAAAAAAGGAAGCUUCCCUACACGUAUGGGGACACGCCAUCCAUUAUUUUAAAUAAGCCCAUAGGGUAUCUGAAUUAGGAAUUUUUUAAAGCUCAUCUAAUCCUCAUAAUCUUCAGCAGAUGCAAAUCCUCCCCCUCCCCCUACCUGACUAGGGACCAAUAUAUGCCAUGCGCCUGAGGCCGCAGACUCCCCGAGAAGCAGCGUAGGGUUUACAGAACGAAGCCCUGGACCCCAUCACGAGCCCGUCUGCCUCAGAGCAAAGCGCGGCGUGAGGCCAGCCGGCCCCUGCAGCCCCACGGUCACGGCUGCAUCACUGCCUGGGCGCACUAAAGACACUUGCUGGGUAUUCCGGGGUGUUGCCGCAGAGGCUGAACCACUCACGUUUUAAGACUUCAGAAAUGGCACGGAAUUGCCUGUGUUUCUUUGCGACAUGAAGGAACCCCUCUCCCUUUUUCGACCAUUUUUUAAAUUGAAGUCUCCAUUGUCCUAAAUGAACUGCUUAAAGGUUUUUUUCACUUCUGUGCUGUUUUCCAUGUCAUGUUGUUUCCGUUAGGAAAUGAGCCUGAACAUAAAGCGCAGCAGCAGCAGCUUGGUGGGAUGGAUGGCCCACAAGUAACGGCCUGGCUUUGUCCCCAUGCAUGUGCCAUUCAACCCCUCCCCGCUCCCCGCCCCCACGCCGACCCCUCAGGACAGUGGAGACUCUAUCCAUGCCUUAUU